CGCGUCACGGUUUACCUUUGCUUGGCAAAAUUUCACGUUGAAAAUUUGUACAUGAUCACAUGCAGUUUCAAACGACUCGAUAAAUGACACUUUUUGCCAACUCACAUACGAUUUUUCCUUUGAAACUGAUAUACCACGGGCAAUCACUUGCUAAAUCAUUUGAAUACUUUAUCAAGUGUAUGGAACAUGACGCUUUUUUUGCCAUGCCGUUCUUUCGUGCAUACUAACCGCUACAUCCCAACACGCCACGAUAAACCGCGCGAAAUAACGCCUGUGUAUGGCCAGCUAUUAGCUGGCCAUACACAGGCGUUAUUUCGCGCGGUUUAUCGUGGCGUGUUGGGAUGUAGCGGUGUGCCUCAAGGCUCUAAUCUGGGUUCACUUAUGUUUUUGAUAUUUAUUAACGACCUACCGUCUAACUUAAAUGUCCCUUCUUUACUGUUUGCCGAUGAUCUAAAAGUGUUUUUUCAAAUUAGCUCAAUUCAGGAUUGUAUUAAUUUGCAAACAAAAAGACCUCCUUCUGUUAAGCAGUUAUUCAUAAUGGAUUUUUUAACAGUGGAAGAAAAGAUAGAAAUGAUUUUGAUUUAUGGAGAAGCAGGCAGGAAUCUUGAUGAUGCUGUUAAUAUCUACGCUCAGCGUUUUCCGGAUAAAAUUCGAUCAAGUACUUCAUUUCACCGUACAGUCAAGCGGUUUACUACAAACGGGAGUGUUCAACCGAGAAAUAGUUUUCGUCUAGCAACAGUCACAGGUGGAAAUAAUGAAAUUAAUGUAUUAGCAGCAACGGCCGCUAAUCCUCAUGCAUGCACCUGAG